UCAAGCCAAAACCACAUAAACUCCAACAAAAACAACAUAAAUUUGAUUAUUAACAUACGAAUCUUUUUUCUGUGUGUAGCGCUAGACGGUGCUUUCAAAACAUGUGCGCUGUGCACAAACAGCAAGAAUAUUCUUUCAUAAAAGUUGUCGCGUAGUGGAAACAUGCUUGAUGUACUCAAAAUUAUAGAAGAUCACGCCGAAGACGUUCUGGAUCUACCAGCUGUUCCUCAUACAUAUAUUAGGAUAAUUGAAUGUAACGAUGAGGAAGAGUUCGAUGUCAAUGCUCAUCUCCAGUGUACAUGCCAGCAGCCUUUCGAAUCUACCAAAGUCGCUAAAUACACAAUCGCUGAGUAUAAAAUAAUCGCACAAGGUGAAGACACCAAGACGGUUUACGAUGUAAUGCUUAGUACCAAUUCAACGUUCGAUUAUCAGUAUUCGCCCGGAGAUACGAUAGGUAUUCUCACUAAAAAUGACGAUGAGGAUGUUGCGUCGGUCAUCGAGCAAUUAUCGUUGGAGGAAAUCUGUAGUCGCAUAUAUCGAGUUGAAAUCGACCCUGCUACUAAGAAAAAAGCAGCAAAGGUUCCUUCUUACAUUCCACCAAUUGUGCAGAUUCGAAAAUUGUUGACCGAAUGUCUUGAUUUGAGAGCUAUUCCUAAAAAGCUUUUCAUACGGGCUCUCAUAGAGUACACUACUGGCGAAACGGACAAACGAUUUCUCUCUAUUCUUUGCAACAAAUCGGGUUGCACAUUCGAUGAUGUUAUACUAAAACCGGGAUUUAGUUUUGUAAAGCUCUUGAGGCACCUUCCUUCGUGCAAACCUCCCCUAGAACUGUUAAUAGAGCAUUUGCCACGGUUAAUGCCUCGACCCUAUUCGAUUGCAAACUAUCAUAGUGAUUCAGAGCAUAGUCGUAGAAUAAGAAUCCUUUUUUCUCUCUUGGACUGCAAACCAGGUUUGACAACUUCAUUUCUCAAAAACUCUUGCGGUACUAAUGAAUCAAUAUACCUGUACUUUAGAAAAUCAUCCUGUUUUGCCUUCACGGAUGACGUUUUAGCAAAUGACAUUGUAUUGAUCGGUGUCGGAACGAGCAUAGCUCCAUACUUAGGUUUUUUAGAAAAACGAAAACAGGCUAUUGAGCGAUGUAGGAAUCUUGAAACUACAGCGUGGCUACUUGCUGGCUUUCGAUAUGAGCAGCUGAGUUAUCUUUGUCGUGAAGAAAUCGAACAAUAUCUGAAAUCAAAGGUAUUAACCAACCUCUCGGUAGCCUUUUCGCGUGAUCGAACGACUCGUCAUCGAUAUGUUCAGGAUCAUCUUGAAGCAAACAAGGAGCUUAUCACAAAAAGCUUGAUAGACUCAAACUGCAAGUUGUAUGUUUGUGGAGAUGGAAAAAGAAUGAUUCCACAAAUCGAGACAAAAAUAAUAGAAAUUUUAAGCAAUGUGCUAUCUAUAAGUAACGAAGAGUCUAAAACAAUUGUAGCAGAUCUAAAGAAGAAUCUUAGAUAUGUAGAAGAUAUUUGGUUCUGAUGUAUGACCUGUAAAUCACAUGAGGAGCGUUUUGUUCCCUUUCUCGUUUACCAAAAAAUGCGGGUUAUGGUUAAAAAUACAGAUUGUUUGAUACGUG